ACUCUGGGGCUGUGGAGGGUUCACGCUCUUUCCUACAGUUAUGGACGUGCUUGCUCGUUUUCUCGUAUUGUUGUCAGCUGUCUUGGCCCUUGCUGCUGCUGUUUUCGAGGAUCAAGUGGGCAAGUUUGACUGGAGGCGACAGUAUGUUGGCAAAGUCCAAUUUGCUUAUUUUGACACACAGACACAAGCCUCCAAAAAACUGUUGGUAGCAACAGACCAGAAUGUUAUAGCCUCCAUCAACUCCAGGACAGGGGAACUGUUAUGGAGACAACUGGACAAGAGUGGAUCUGAAGGCUACAUAGAUGCCACGCUAUUCCAUGGUCAAGAUGCUGUAGUAGUGUCUGGAAAUGGUCGCUUCCUUCGCUCAUGGGAAACUAACAUUGGGGGCUUGAAUUGGGAAAUGGUAUUAGACACGGGCAGUUUUCAGUUUGCCACUUUUAUUGGGGUACAGGAUACGGUGAAAUAUGUAGCUGUUCUUAAAGAAACUGCUAUCUCCUUGCACUAUCUUUCUAAUGGACAUCAAAAGUGGGUGGAGAAUUUACCAGACAGUGAGACUGUGACUUACCAAUUGGUGUAUUCUGGUGGAAAUGGAAUAGUGUAUGUUCUGGGAUUGACUACUCGCUCUCAUUUAACUAUAAUUGCGUAUAACCUGGAAGAUGGAGAGAUCCUAAGCCAGGUUCUUGUGCAAUGUCCUUGGAUUGUCAGCUUACAUUCAAAUUGUGCCAUUGUUGGAGAAGGUAAUCUUGUCUGUGCUGAUUCAGAGACUCGCUCUCUCUAUACUCUUGCACUUGAAACAGGACGCACAUUAACCCAGGUUACAAUGCAGUCUCUAGAUUUGUCACUGGAAGAAGGCUUCCAACCUCACAUCAUUGCCACUCAACCCAAUCCUGCUUUGAACGCACACGCACAGUUUUUUCUGCAGCUUGGUCCACACCACUACUCUCUACUGCAACUCCAGCAGGACAUUAUCAGUCCUGUACGAGACUUCCAACAGACACUUCUUGUUACUUUUGCCACAACAGGGGACAAAACUGUAGCAGUGGUUGUGUCUUCAAAAAACCAAACUGCUUACAACAUCAACUUGUUUUCAGCUGAUUCUGGCCGAAGGUUAUUAGACACAUUAACCACUGUGAACCUGACUCCUGGUGAGGGUCCAUUAGUAAAGGCAUAUGUACAUGCAUUUCUGAAGAAGGAUGACUCAGUAGGGUAUAGAGUGCUUCUACAGACAGAAGAUGACUCACUGAUCUUUGUACAACAGCCAGGAAAAAUACUAUGGACACGUGAAGAGGCACUGGCAGAUGUUGUUUCUAUGGAGAUGGUUGACCUUCCUCUUACUGGAACGCAGGCUGAGCUAGAGGGAGAGUUUGGCAAAAAAGCAGCCAUUCAAGAUGGCUUACUAGGAAUGGUAUUCAAGAGGCUUUCCUCCCAGUUGAUUUUGCUCCAGGCAUGGAUUUCACACCUUUGGAAGAUGUUCUAUGAUGCCCGCAAGCCACGUAGUCAGGUGAAAAAUGAAGUUACUAUUGAAACCCUGGCAAGGGAUGAGUUCAACCUUCAGAAGAUGAUGGUCAUGGUAACUGCAUCUGGCAAGUUGUUUGGUAUGGAAAGCAGUUCUGGUACAAUCUUGUGGAAGCAUUAUUUACCUGGAAUACAUCGUACAGCCUCCCUAAAACUUGUGGUGCAGAGGACAACAGCACAUUUCCCUCACCCUCCUCAGUGUACACUGCUGAUCAAGAACAAGGAAUCAGGACUUACAACACUUCAUGUCUUUAAUCCUAUUUUUGGAAGAAAAAGCCACAUUGUUCCUCCUGUGUUAAGUCGUCCAGUUCUACAGUCCUUACUAUUGCCAAUUAUGGAUCAGGACUAUGCUAAGGUGUUGCUGCUCAUUGAUGAUGAGUACAAGGUUACAGCUUUUCCAUCGUCUAAGAAUGUCCUUCAACAGUUACAAGCAAUAGCCUCAUCUAUCUUCUUCUGCUUGGUGGAUGCAGAACAAGGCAAACUGUCUGGUUUCCGCCUGCAUAAGGACCUAACCACUGAGCAAAUCUGGGAAGUUGUCAUCCCAACGGAGGUCCAGAAAAUUUCUGUCGUAAAAGGAAAGAAAGCUAAUGAGCAUGUCCACUCUCAGGGACGAGUGAUGGGAGACCGCAGUGUUCUUUACAAGUACUUGAACCCAAACUUGCUGGCUGUGGUUACUGAGAGUGUAGACACCCAUCAAGAGCGUAGUUUUGUGGGGAUCUACUUGAUCGAUGGUGUCACUGGGAGGAUCAUUCAUGAAGCUGUGCAGAGGAAGGCACGGGGUCCUAUUUAUGUGGUCCAUUCUGAAAACUGGGUUGUGUAUGAGUACUGGAACACUAAGUCCCGACGUAAUGAAUUUUCGGUGCUGGAGCUCUAUGAGGGUACAGAACAGUACAACAGCACAGCUUUUAGCUCUCUAGACAGACCACAACCACCCCAGGUCCUCCAGCAAUCCUAUAUUUUCCCAUCUCCUAUCAGCAUGCUUGAGGCCACUAUAACUGAAAAGGGUAUUACUAGCCGCCAUCUUCUUGUUGGGUUACCUUCUGGAGCAAUUCUUUCUUUACCCAAAAUGUUUUUGGAUCCUAGACGUCCAGAAGUACCUUCUGAACAAAGCCGGGAAGAAAAUUUGAUCCCCUAUGCUCCUGAACUGCCUAUUCGCAGUGAAUGGUUUAUAAAUUACAAUCAGUCAGUGUCCAGAGUGAAGGGCAUCUAUACAGCUCCCUCUGGACUGGAAUCCACUUGCCUUGUGGUGGCCUAUGGACUGGACAUUUACCAGACGCGGGUUUUCCCUUCAAAACAAUUUGACGUUCUAAAGGAUGACUAUGACUAUGUUUUAAUCAGCAGUGUACUUUUGGGGCUGGUCUUUGCCACCAUGAUUACUAAGCGACUAGCUCAGGUUAAGUUGCUCAACCGUGCCUGGCGUUAGGACAGUGUUCUGUAUCCCAGGGCAUAACUUCUCAGCAUUUUGCUGAAUUGCUGCAGAGUUCUGAGGUCUGGUGGAUUUGGAGGAGGGAGACCACAGAGUGAUUUUUUUUUUCUUUCCCUAACUUGAAACAAAUUAUUUAUUUUACUUUAAAAAAGACAACUGUGAGAUGAUGUGUGCUUACCAGAGAUUAAUGUAAAGAGAAAUGACAGAGUGACAGUGUCCAAGGAGAAAAAAAUCUUUUUUAUAUUUAUAGUUUUGUGUGGAACAUGCCAUUGAUGACUAGCUGUUAUUUAGCAGCUGCCAGUCUCUCUGUCUUUCUCUCUUCCCUCAGAAGGGAAUCUGUGUGUUGAAGAAGAGGACUGCUUAGGAGCUUUUGAGAAUACUGAGACCACUUUGCCAGAGUGGUUUUCCUACUACCAGGAACUAAACUUGAACUUAGACAAAUAAUUUGAUUUAUAAUUUUGGAUGUUUGAAUGUACAUAUAUUUUUUAAGAUAUCAAUUACUUGCAGCCUGAGAUUCAUGUGGACCUAAAAACAAAAUAAAAGCCUAUGGAAAGGCACAGUAGAAAUAUGCCUUACCACCAUAGGCAAGAUGGGAACGUUUUAAGUUUAAUUUAAAUGUAAUUCAAUUGAAUCAUUCUACAGUAAAAAGAGAAUUGGUGGUUAAUUGCAUUAAUAAAGCUGUACAUUUGUA